CAUCUUGUUCAGAUCCCUUUUACAUAACUGAAAUCAAGCCAUGGGUGAUGGUCCUAGAGGAGUAGAAAUUUUCCCGGAUCAUUUUCAGGCUUCAACGUCUGGCGUGGAGACCCCUCAAACAAGAAGUCCAUCCACUUCCUGUAGCAAGAGUGAAUCAGAGCAUAGUUCCAGCAGCCGUUUAUGGGCAAAAAGAAGGUUAAAAAGCGCUGCAUCCAUUUUGAACUUGCUCAGUCCACGGAAGCUUUCAUGGGUAAAUGACACAAAUGGGCAAGAAAAGGUUGUAUUAUCUUCGGCAGAAGUAAAAUCCCUUCAAUCAGAACUUGCUGAUUUAGAGGAAAGAGAAGCUCAUCUGAGAGCUAGGCUGGAACACACUGACGAAAUUCUGCGUUCUUGCCUUCUUUCAGGCUACUUAUACAUGAGAACCAGAUGGGAAACAUUACCUGGAGAACCACUUCCUCUUGAUGACAUGGAAGUCGAUGACUGGCUUCCUCGUUUUGUUGUUCUUCAUGGACCAUGCAUCUAUUUGUAUUUUCUGUGCACAGAUAUAAGCCCUCAAGACUCCACCUUGUUAUCUGACAUCAUUGAAGUGGGGCCAAUGCCACAUGUCGUUGAAGAAGAUGGCGAAACUCGAUAUUAUUUUUAUAUAGUAACUCGCCUUGGAAUGAGAUACGAGUGUUCAAGCACUUCUAAAAUCCAGGUGGAUAGUUGGUUGACGGCGUUGGUUCCAGAGAUAAUUGGAUCAGAGCAAGAUAUUGGAGGCUAUUACUGGAGCUGGGUUAGACAUCCCGAGUCUGAUAUAGAGCUUAAAGAAUGGCAGGAGUGUCAAGAAGUGAUCAACAUGGUGAGAUUGUCAAAUGAUAGAGACUCAUGGAUAUGGAACAUUGAAAGACAGGAUGGUUUCUCGGUGAAUUCUGUGAAAAAGACAUUAAUUUCUGAGAGGGGAAACAGCCACCUCCCGAAUUUCGAAUGGUGCAAAUGGGUGCCAAUCAAAUGUAAUAUUAUGGCAUGGAAAGGUAACUUGGAUAGACUUGCAACCAAAGUCAAUUUGAGAAAAAGGAAUGUGGAUAUCGCAUCGGUUAUGUGCCAUUUUUGCGACGAGUAUGAGGAAACGGUGGAUCAUUUGUUUACAGCAUGUUCGGUGGCUAUUCGGGGUGGGAAAAAGAUGAAGAAGAUUAUCCAUGGAUUGGUAAUUACUUCGUGUUGGUGUAUUUGGAAAAGUAGGAACGAGUUGGUUUUUAAGCAGAUCAAGAGAAGCCCGCAAGAUAUUUUGAUAGAGAUCAAGUCGAGAGGUUUCAGACAACAACCCAUGUUUUCUAACCUCUUCAAAUCUCUUCUCCCUCUUCUCCUCUUCUCCCUCUUCUCCCUCCAGCCGACACCACCUCCUCUGCCACCGCCACCACCUCCACCUCUGACACCACCACCACCUCCGCCGCCCACCUUUGACACCACCACCACCGCCGCCGUCGGGUUCUUGCCGGAAACAUCAUCAUCAUCACAUCACAAUCAAAACCCUCAGCCUCUCUGCUCAGUGCUCAUACUCUCCCCAAACUCACCAUUUUCAGUAAUUUUUUCACAAAUUUGGAGAAUGAGUUCACAGAUUUUCAGAUCUGCUUCACGAGCCGCUAGGUCGAUCGUCUCAUCUGCUUCUAAGCAGAAGCGUCUCUUCUCCGAAGGACGAUCUGUUGCUGCUGCUACAGCUGUUUCGGUCAAAGGAGUCUUGCCAGCUCUAGCUUCUUUUGGGCGUGAUCAUUCUGGAAACUCAUCCAGCACAUGGAUUGCCGGAGCACUCGCUCUCCCUGCUGCAGCAUACAUGCUUCAAGACCAAGAGGCACAUGCAGCACAGAUGGAGCGCACUUUCAUUGCUAUCAAGCCAGAUGGUGUGCAAAGAGGACUGAUUUCAGAGAUCAUAGCUCGGUUUGAACGUAAAGGCUUUAAACUCGUAGCCAUUAAACUUGUGACCCCUACUAAGUCCUUUGCUCAGAAGCAUUACCAUGAUCUUAAGGAAAGACCAUUUUUUGAUGGGCUGUGUGACUUCCUUAGCUCUGGUCCCGUUCUUGCCAUGGUUUGGGAAGGUGAAGGUGUUAUCAAGUAUGGGCGUAAACUCAUUGGAGCCACAGAUCCACAAAAAUCAGAACCGGGAACUAUCAGGGGUGAUUUGGCUGUUGUUGUGGGAAGGAACAUCAUCCAUGGAAGUGACGGUCCAGAAACCGCCAAGGAUGAAAUCAACUUAUGGUUCAAACCAGAGGAGUUGACGAAUUACACAAGCAACCAAGAAAAGUGGGUCUAUGGAGUCAACUAAUGGCAUCUGUUUUUUGCUUUGUCGACUGCCUAGGCAAAUUAGUUCUUCGGCUGCAAGAAUAAAAACCAAAGAAUAAAAUGUCCUUUUUUUCCUUGAAAAUGAGCAAAACAGUAUCAGUUUUGUAACUUAAAAGAUACUCAAAGACCAUCUUUAUAGUUGUUAAAGACUAGUAUUUGGUUAAUGCAGGGCUGUUUUAAUUUUACUUA